GACAUCCCGGGCGGGGUGGAUCCCCACGGGUGCUCCGCCCGGUCCCGCCUCCAUCUCCACCCCGCGCCCCGGGGCCCAAGGGUGGGAGGACGGAAUUUCCCAGCGCGGGGGCUCCCGUGUUCUCGGGCAGCCGGCAGGCCCUUUCUGUUUACGGAGAGAAAGGGGAAAUGGAAAAGGCGGGGAGAAGGCUGGCGUCUGCUGCACCGCCCCGGGGCCGGCUCAGACGCGGAGAGUCAGGGGUCCGCAGCGCACGGUCCUCCCGCGGCCGACCGCCCAUCUCCGGCGUCCGCCGCCCGCCCUCGGGACUCCCGCACGCCUGGUUCUCGCAGGCGAGCCUCUCACUGCCUACUGAGCCCGAGCUCCGGGCUAGCACGCGGAACACUCAGACUCCGCAGCAGGCACCACAGGGAUGGAGUACAUGAGCACUGGAAGUGACGAGAAAGAAGAGAUUGAUUUAUUAAUUAAGCAUUUAAAUGUGUCGGAAGUCAUAGGCAUAAUGGAAAACCUUUACGCCAGUGAAGAGCCAGCAGUCUACGAGCCCAGCCUGAUGACCAUGUGUCCAGACAGUAAUCAAAACAAGGAGCACUCAGAGUCGCUGCUUCGGAGUGGCCCGGAGGUGCCCUGGCUGUCAUCUGUCAGAUAUGGGACCGUUGAGGAUCUGCUUGCAUUUGCAAACCAUAUAUCUAAUACUGGAAAACAUUUUUAUGGACGUCGACCUCAAGAAUCUGGGAUUUUAUUAAAUAUGGUAAUCAGUCCCCAGAACGGACGCUACCAAAUUGACUCGGAUGUCCUCCUCGUUCCUUGGAAGCUGACUUACAGGAACAUCGGCUCUGGUUUUGUUCCUCGGGGGGCCUUUGGAAAAGUGUACUUAGCACAAGAUAUGAAGACCAAGAAAAGAAUGGCGUGCAAACUGAUCCCUGUGGAUCAGUUUAAGCCAUCGGAUGUGGAAAUCCAGGCCUGCUUCCGGCAUGAGAACAUUGCUGAAUUAUAUGGCGCCAUCCUGUGGGGUGACACUGUCCAUCUCUUCAUGGAGGCAGGAGAGGGAGGGUCUGUUCUGGAGAAGCUGGAGAGCUGUGGACCCAUGAGAGAAUUUGAAAUUAUUUGGGUGACGAAGCACGUUCUCAAGGGACUUGAUUUCCUGCACUCCAAGAGAGUGAUCCACCAUGAUAUUAAACCUAGCAAUAUUGUAUUCAUGUCUACAAAAGCUGUUUUGGUGGAUUUUGGCCUAAGUGUUCAAAUGACCGAAGAGGUCUAUCUUCCCAAGGAUCUCCGAGGAACAGAGAUAUACAUGAGCCCCGAGGUGAUUCUGUGCAGGGGCCAUUCCACAAAAGCAGACAUCUACAGCCUUGGAGCUACGCUCAUCCACAUGCAGACAGGCACUCCACCCUGGGUGAAGCGCUACCCUCGGUCAGCCUAUCCUUCCUACCUGUACAUAAUCCACAAGCAGGCACCUCCCCUGGAAGACAUUGCUGGUGACUGCAGUCCAGGCAUGAGGGAGCUGAUAGAAGCCGCCCUGGAGAGGAACCCCAACCACCGUCCGAGAGCAGCAGACCUACUGAAACACGAAGCCUUGAAUCCCCCUAGAGAGGACCAGCCACGGUGCCAGAGCCUGGACUCUGCCCUCUUUGAACGGAAGAGGCUGCUGAGCAGGAAGGAGCUGGAACUUCCUGAGAACAUUGCUGACUCUUCAUGCACGGGUAGCACUGAGGAGUCUGAAGUGCUCCGGAGACAGCGUUCCCUCUACAUAGACCUCGGUGCUCUGGCUGGCUACUUCAAUAUUGUUCGGGGGCCACCAACCCUGGAAUAUGGCUGAUGGAUGGCUUUGUUGGCAACAAACUAGGAUGGACAUUUCUCUCCUGGGUGUUGGUUUUGCAGGCCCUGCACAGCAGCUCUGGAUAGUGAAUUGUACCCAUUUUUCAGGAGGCAGUGAGGCCUCUGGUGACACAUGAAUGUCCCUGCAAUGCCCUCCUUUGUGAAGCUACUCUGUCAUGUCCCAAGGCCCCAAGGUUCUCAUUUCUCAGGUGGUGGGAUUGCACGGGAGGGAGUGAAGAGCUCAGGGAAGGACCAAUUCUGGUGACAAGUCCAUUCACUGUGCCCUUUGCCGGACAUGCUAAAAGUAGCCCUUACAAGAUAUUAACCUAAAACUCAUAUUCUCGGUUCUUAUUUAAGUGUGGGAACUUCAUUCAACUCAGAAGACCUGUUCUGUGUAUAUAUUGGUGUGUAUUAUGUGGUAACUCUUUUGAGCCCUGGUGGGUAGACUCCAGUAUAAGUUUAAUUCAUUAUAUUUUGGGUGAAUAGAACAACUUUAAUAUUACAGCAAUAUACUGGACUAGUGUCUUACAAAUGGCCGAUUCACUCAGAGCCACCUGACAGCAGGCCACUAGUGACAGUUUCUGUUAUGUUCCUAUGGAAACACUGUGUACUGUACAUGCUAUGCUUAAAACAUUUAAAACAUUAUGUUUUAAAAUGUGGAUAGAACUAUGUAAACCACAUAAUUUCUGUACAUCCCAAAGGAUGAGAAGUGUGACCUUCAAGAAAGUGGAAACUUUUAUAAAUUCCUGGUGAUGCUACACUUGUAAUGACUAUUUUCUUUAAAGUGUUUCUAUAUUAAAAUAGCAUACUAUGUAUGUUUUAUUCCAAAUUCCUUCAUGAAUCUUUCAUAUAUAUAUAUGUAUAUAUAUCUUUUAACAUUGUAAAUUGUGAGUAUUCUUAUUUAAAGUAUAUUUUUACAUUAUGCAAAUGAAAACAUUGUGGUCCAAUAAAUAAAUUGGAUAAACUGA